AUGGGCCAGCUGCUGGAGCUGCGGGGAGGCUGGGCGGGCUCCGGCUUCCUGUUGGGCCGUCCUGGUGAGAUUGGCCUACGCAGCUACGCUGGGUCGUGGCUGGCCCUGAGGAAAAGCCGAUGUUCUUGGUCAACUACAAGGGCAAGGAGAAGCAAUCUAUAUGCCAAGGUGAAGGAUAUUGUUGAGGCCUUCCUCGGCUCCCCGAUCAAGAACGUUCUGGUUGUGGUCACCGUGCCUGCCUAUUUCAAUGACUCCUGGAGGAAGGCCACCAAGGAUGUGAGGUCUAUCAUGCACACGAGUUUAGCCUACCUGAGCUCAAACAAGUUCAUGUACCUUAUGUGGCUGGUCAACCACUCAAAAAGUCAAAAUCAAAUGCUCGCUGACAUUGCAGCACAUGGAAAGUUUUUGAUUCAGACCCAGAUCGACUGUAAUAGUUCCUACAAUCUUUCCAAAAUAGUAACCACUAUGCAUCCAACUCUUGAACUUGCUGGUGGUAACUAG